AUGUCCUUUCCUCCUCCGCCCUCAAACACGCUUGAUUGGGGCAAGCUUGGCUUCCAGUACCGCACGCUGAACGGCCAUAUCGAAUCCCGCUACUCCCACAAGACCAAGACAUGGACGACUCCAAAGCUAGUCCGAUCUCCCUACUUAUCCAUCCACGGCAUGUGCCCCGGGCUCAAUUAUGGUCAACAAGCCUUCGAGGGUCUUAAGGCCUUCCGCAUGCCUGCAGGCGACGACCGCAUUGCUAUCUUCCGCCCGCAGAUGAAUGCCGAACGCCUGGCUCACAGCGCUGAUAUGGUGUCAAUCCCGCCUCUACCAGAAGAUGUCUUCGUCCACUGCUGUCAACUUGUUGUCGGGUCGAACGCAGAGUUUGUUCCCCCGCAUGAGAGUCCGGCGAGCAUGUACAUUCGUCCGCUUGUCUUUGGAAGCUCGCCGCAAUUGGGACUAAAUCCUCCCGAAGAAUACACCUUCUGUGUGUUUGUGAGUCCAGUAAGCGUGUAUCAUGGCGUGAAGCCUGUUGCUGCUCUGAUCCUGGAAGAUUUCGACCGCGCGGCCCCGGAAGGCACAGGCAAUGCAAAGCUUGGGGGCAAUUACGCGCCUGUGCUAAAAUGGAGCGAGAAGGCGAGGAGUGAGGGAUUUGGGAUUACUUUGCAUUUGGAUAGUAAGACCAGAAGCGAAAUUGAUGAGUUCUCGACGAGUGGCUUUAUUGGAGUCAAGAAGUCGGAUGGAGGAGACAUCACGCUCGCCGUCCCUGAUUCGAAAUGCGUCAUCAAAAGUUUCACAAGCGAUAGCAUAUGUGAGAUUGCCAAAUCGCUGGGAUGGAAAGUCGAAUGCAGGUCGAUCAAGUAUGAGGAAUUGCCAGCAUUCUCGGAGGUCAUGGCAGCAGGCACUGCGGCUGCUUUAGUACCCGUGAACUCGAUCACCAUGAAGUCCAAGGGUGAUAAGUUCUCAUACAACGGAGGGGGAGAUGAGCCCGGCCCAGUAAUGCUGAAACUCCUCGACACUCUGAGGGGAAUACAAAGUGGAAGGAUCAAGGACUCUUUCGGAUGGCGCAAAUACGUGGACAAACCCAAGGAUUACGAAAAAGAAAAUGAUGCGGUGAACGAACAGAAGUAUCAAGGCACACUUUAUAAGCAGAAACCAUCCAAAAAAUCAGUCAAGAUCGCCCCAAUCGAGUCUUCAAUAUCGCGAGCCGCCUACGUUGAAGAUGCGCCAGAUCCAGACACAGGGAAUGGUAUCGUGAUCGUCGAACCACCUCCAGAAGCCCCCGUACCACCCCCAGCGGUUUUAGAACAACCAAAUGUCAACGUGUUCGAUUUCCUUGUCACUGACGAAACCCCAAAUGCCUCGCGAGUCUCCCUCGUCCCGGGAGGCCAGAACGGAAUGGACUACACGCCUUCGGUGAUAGGCUCGGAGAUCAGCCGAAAAAAGUCGAGCACCGUACAUGAUCCACAAUACGAAAAGCACGGGUUCUCGUAUGGCACGGAAGCAUUGCCUGCAACGCACAAGAAAGAGAACGCACACUUCGAAUACAUCACUCCGGCAUCAAAAGAGCUGCGCAAGCAACUAGAAAAAACCGAAGGCAGAUCCACAGAUAAAAAGCGCAAACGCCUCCAAGUCGAAGAACUAGAUCUUUCCGUCGCGCGCCGCCCUUCACAAGAGUCCUCAGACGCUAUCAUGUCCGACGCUCCUCCCGCGGUCCUCCACUCCGGCCUGACAGGAGGCCUGAACCGGCUCCUCUCAAAAUCCAAAUUCCCUCCAAGCCCAGAUUACUCCAACGAUCCCCCCAGUCCAGUCAAGCGCUCGAAAUCCGCAUCGACAUCCCAAGCUCUGGUGAAAAAAGACCGCGAUCGCGACCACAGUAAAUCCACCGCGCGCUCCACCUCCAACGCGCUUGUAAAAGUACGCAAGCGGCGCACAUCCGACGAGUCACGCCCGCGCAAGAAAAAGAGACAUCACACCUCCCACAAUGACGACGAGUCAUCUACUCACCGCCGCAAGAAGCAUAGGCCAAAAGCCAUUGAAUACCCAUCAUCUCAGGCACCCGAGGACUCUCAGCAGCAGUUGGUGGUCUUCAAGACAAGAGCAGAGUUCUUCAUGUCGUUGGUGACGAAGGGGGAGGAGAGCGAGAGAGGGGAUGAGUAUGCAUAA